GCGGGGUUUGUAUUCUCCAGGCUCCUGGACGUAUCUACGAUUAUACGAGUGACUGGAAUCCGAGGCCCGGCCCGAUCUGGGUGUGAUAGAGUUCCGGAUCUGCACGGCUGGGUGUUAACGUCACAGGGCUCUGAGUGCCCCGCUGCUGAUUGCGAGUGGGCUCCGUGUGCCCCCUGCCCUGGUGCGAUCAGAGUCCAUCCCUCUGACCGAGGUUAUAGCGGUGCCUGGGUCCCCCCCUCCUGCAGAGGUGUGAGUGUAAGCGGGCUCCGGGCGCCCCCUGCCCGGCUUUGAGCGUGAGAGGGGUCUGGGUCCCCUCCGGGCGGGCACCAUGAGCACGGGCUGUGACCUGUCCCGCAGGAACCCGCAGGAGGACUUCGAGCUCAUCCAGAGGAUUGGCAGCGGCACCUAUGGCGAUGUGUACAAGGCUCGGAAUGUUAACACUGGAGAGCUGGCUGCAAUUAAGGUCAUUAAACUGGAACCAGGGGAAGAUUUUGCCGUGGUGCAGCAGGAGAUUAUAAUGAUGAAAGACUGCAAGCAUACAAACAUUGUUGCUUAUUUCGGCAGCUAUCUAAGACGGGAUAAGCUGUGGAUCUGCAUGGAGUUUUGUGGAGGAGGCUCCUUACAAGACAUCUACCAUGUAACGGGGCCGUUGUCGGAACAACAGAUUGCGUAUGUUUCCAGGGAAACGCUGCAGGGACUGUAUUAUUUGCAUAAUAAAGGGAAAAUGCAUAGGGACAUAAAGGGAGCAAACAUUUUAUUAACAGAUAAUGGACACGUGAAACUGGCUGACUUUGGAGUGUCUGCGCAGAUUACAGCAACAAUUGCAAAAAGGAAGUCUUUCAUUGGAACGCCAUACUGGAUGGCUCCUGAAGUAGCUGCCGUUGAAAGAAAGGGGGGGUACAACCAGUUAUGUGACAUUUGGGCCGUCGGAAUAACAGCCAUAGAGCUUGCUGAACUCCAGCCUCCGAUGUUUGACCUGCAUCCAAUGAGGGCAUUGUUUCUAAUGACUAAAAGUAACUUCCAGCCUCCAAAGUUAAAAGACAAAAUGAAAUGGUCAAAUAGUUUCCAUCAUUUUGUCAAAAUGGCCCUCACAAAAAAUCCCAAGAAAAGGCCCACAGCAGAAAAAUUGUUACAGCAUCCUUUUGUUACCCAGCCGUUAAAUCGCACUCUCGCUAUCGAGUUGUUGGAUAAGGUGAACAAUCCUGACCACUCUACUUUCCAUGACUUUGAUGAGGAUGACCCUGAGCCUCCAGUUGUCGUACCUCACAGGAUUCACUCAACCAGUAGGAGCGUCCGAGAAGAAAAAACACGCUCAGAGAUUAACUUUGGCCAAGUGAAGUUCGAUCCACCUAUGAGAAAGGAGACUGAGCCGCAUCAUGAGCUGCUCGACAGGGACGAUUUUUUGGACAGUGCAGAAGAAAUAUACUACACAGCAAGAUCUAAUAUGGAUCUUCAGUUGGACUACGGCCAGGGUCCGCAGAGCGGUGGUUUUCUUGGUGGAAGCAAGAGUCUCUUGAAAUCAGUUGAAGAAGAGCUUCACCAACGGGGACAUGUGGCACAUUUAGAAGAUGAUGAUGGGGAUGAUGAUGAAUCUAAACACUCAACAAUAAAACCUAAGGUGCCCCCACCGCUGCCACCAAAGCCAAAAUCUAUAUUUAUACCACAAGAAGCAAAUGCAUCUGAAGACGAUAACCAAGGAACGAUCAAGAGGUGUCCAGUCCCAGAGAGCCCAGCACGGCCAGCAUCUUACGUACCUCCAAGACCACCUCCUCCACGGUUACCCUCCUACAAGCCAAAUGCGUUAGGCAAUGGAGUGGGUUCAUUCCAGCUUAAUGGGGAUCGGGAGGCAUCUUCGUUAGCCCAACAGGGGGAAAACAGAAGUUCUAAAUCACUGAACGUGCCUACGCGGAAAGAAAAAAAGGACCUGCCGAAACCAAUUAGCAAUGGACUUCCACCUACGCCUAAAGUGCACAUGGGUGCGUGUUUUUCCAAAGUAUUUAAUGGUUGCCCUUUGAGGAUUCAUUGUGCGACUUCCUGGAUAAAUCCAGAUACAAGAGAUCAGUAUCUGAUAUUUGGCGCAGAGGAAGGGAUUUACACCUUGAAUCUUAAUGAGCUGCAUGAAACGUCAAUGGAGCAGCUUUUCCCAAGAAGAUGUACCUGGUUAUAUGUAAUGAAUAACUGCCUUCUUUCAAUAUCUGGAAAAGCUUCACAACUUUAUUCACACAACCUCCCCGGACUGUUUGAUUAUGCAAGGCAGAUGCAGAAAUUGCCUGUCGCCAUUCCAGCCCACAAGCUUCCCGACCGGAUACUCCCCAGGAAGUUUGCUGUUUCUGCAAAAAUCCCUGAUACAAAAUGGUGUCAGAAGUGCUGUGUUGUGAGGAAUCCUUACACAAGCCAUAAGUACCUGUGUGGAGCCCUGCAGUCCAGCAUUAUAUUGUUAGAAUGGGUUGAACAAAUGCAGAAGUUUAUGCUAAUCAAGCACAUAGACUUUCCCCUGCCUUGUCCCCUCAUGAUGUUGGAGAUGCUUGUGGUACCUGAGCAGGAGUACCCGUUAGUCUGCCUUAGCGUCAGCAGAGGAACUGAUUUCAACCAGGUUGUACGGUUUGAGACGCUUAACCCCAACUCUACGUCUUCGUGGUUCACAGAAACAGAUACCCCACAAUCAGAUGUCGUACAUGUAACGCAGCUGGAAAGGGACACGAUUCUUGUCUGUCUGGAUCGCUCUAUAAAGAUUGUCAAUCUCCAAGGAAGAUUAAAGUCAAGUCGGAAGUUGUCCUCCGAACUGACAUUUGAUUUCCAGAUAGAGUCCAUAGUUUGCCUACAAGACAGUGUCCUUGCUUUUUGGAAGCAUGGAAUGCAAGGUAGAAGCUUCCGAUCAAAUGAAAUAACCCAGGAAAUCUCAGACAACACGCGGAUAUUCCGACUGCUUGGUUCUGACAGGGUGGUGGUUCUGGAAAGUAGGCCCACGGACAACCCCACAGCUAACAGCAACCUUUACAUUCUAGCAGGCCACGAGAACAGUUACUGAAAAAACCUUGCGUGGACGCACAUGGUCACGAGAACACUAUUGCUGCAAUGUUACCAGGAGCUUCAAAUCAGACAUAGGUCGCAAAAAAGUGGCCAAUUUUUAUAUAGAGAGAAAUAUAUAUAUAUAUAAAUAAUUUAUUGUGGCAUGACAAAGAUGAGGAUUAUGUUGCCAUGAUGUGGAGCGGGUAUAAUCAUGAAGCCGUUCCCACAGAAGCGCUACAUUCACAGUGACGUUAUCUUUGUACAUACCAGUAGUAUUAUUUCUUUACCUCGCUGCCGUGGCUGUAACUUGUCAUUGCUGAAGACCUCUGCAAAAUCCCAAUGUAUAUAGCGUUCCUUUUAUCACGUACAGGUGUCUUAAUUGUACAGAUGUAAAGGUUGUCAGACAAACAAACAAACAAAAAACCCAGGGAGGGCGAGGGUGGAUACUGUACCCACAGUUCCUCAUACGAGGCGACCGAGCGGCCAUUUUGGAAAGGAACACAACGCAUUUAUUAACACUAUUGUAUUUUUUAUUCUGUGUAAUUUAGUAAUGCCAAUAUACAUUUUUUUUUUGUAAGUUUAAAAAGGAAAAAAAAAAAAAACAUUAUAGCUUGGUUGUAAGAAUUUUUAUGAUACCUUUAACUUUAAUGCAAGUACACUGGUGUUUUUAUUUGCACAAGGUAUUGUUAUGUGAUGUAAUGCGUCACAAAGCUAGGCAGUGACCGCUGUGAAAACGCAUCAGCUAAUGAUAUCUCUUUCGCCUUUGCUUGCUGCGUUUAUACAAGAUGACAACAUGUAAUAGGAUUAUAUGUGUGGGUGUAUAUAUAUAUAUAUAUAUAUAUAUAUA